AUGUUGCCUCUGUCGAGAAACUUCCUCACACCUCAAGAGAUGCGAAGAACUUUUGACAGGCAAAGUGCAAUAUUGAUAGGUGAUUGCACUUUGCCUGUCACAUACAUCUCGACAGAGGCAACAUUCGAUAUGAAAGUUGCCUCUGUCGAGAAACUUCCUCACACCUCAAGAGAUGCGAAGAACUUUUGA